GUGAGGUGACGCUUUUACUCAUUGUUCAGAGUAUAGUCUGGGAGCAGUAGUGUGGUAGAGACGGAGGCUUCUCUUUAACAAACUGUGUUUGGAGCAACGUAGACUUGGAAUAUUCGAUUAAAACAGUCGUAUUUCGACAGUCAUUCCUUGUUGUUUUUGGUUUAAGCCCAGGAGGCGAGGAUGGAAAUGCAAAUGGGCGAGCCCGAGGGCCUGGUCAAGGUGUCUGAGUGGCAGCAGACGUACUAUGCCGGCGACUCCGGGAUCCAGUCGGGGGCGACCACAGUGCGCGACGACGAGGGGACUGAGUACAGCACCAGCAAGCACUACACCGUCACCACGGUCACCGCUGCGAACCCCGCCGAGAUGGAGUCCCAGUACACCAUGACGAGGGCCCAGCGCGUCCGCGCCGCCAUGUUCCCCGAGACGGUGGCGGAGGGCACGGCCAUCCUGUCCACGCAGACCGACCCGUCCCAGAUGACCAACGUGCAGCGGCUGGCUGAGCCCUCGCAGAUGCUCAAGACGGCCAUCGUCCACCUCAUCAACUACCAGGACGACGCCGAGCUGGCCACGCGCGCCAUCCCCGAGCUCACCAAGCUGCUCAACGACGAGGACCAGGUGGUCGUCAACAAGGCGGCGCUGAUCGUCAACCAGCUGACCCGCAAGGAGGCGUCGCGCCGCGCGCUGAUGGCGUCGCCCCAGAUGGUGGCGGCGGUGGUGCGCGCCAUGCAGAACACGGGCGACAUGGAGACGGCGCGGGCCACGGCCAGCAUCCUGCACAACCUGUCCCACCAGAGGGAGGGGCUCCUGUCCAUCUUCAAGUCGGGCGGCAUCCCCGCGCUGGUCCGCAUGCUCAGCUCUCCCAUGGAGUCCGUGCUGUUCUACGCCAUCACCACCCUGCACAACCUGCUGCUGCACCAGGAGGGCGCCAAGAUGGCGGUGCGUCUGGCUGAUGGCCUGCAGAGGAUGGUGCCCCUGCUGAAGAAGAGCAACCCCAAGUUCCUGGCCAUCACCACCGACUGCCUGCAGCUGCUGUCCUACGGCAACCAGGAGAGCAAGCUGAUCAUCCUGGCCAACGGGGGUCAUGAGGGUCUGGUCCACAUCAUGAGGAACUACAGCUACGAGAAGCUGCUGUGGACCACCAGCCGGGUGCUCAAGGUCCUCUCCGUGUGCCCCAGCAACAAGCCCGCCAUCGUCGAGGCCGGUGGGAUGCAGGCGCUGGGUAAACACCUGACGGGCUCGAGCCAGCGUCUCAUGCAGAACUGCCUGUGGACGCUGAGGAACCUGUCGGACGCCGCCACUAAGCAGGACGGCCUGGACAGCCUGCUGCAGGUCCUAGUGGGCCUCCUCAGCUCCGACGACAUCAACAUGCUCACCUGCUCCACGGGCAUCCUGUCCAACCUGACCUGCAACAACGCGCGCAACAAGUCCCUGGUCACCCAGGGCAACGGCGUGGAGGCGCUCAUCCACGCCGUGCUGCGCGCCGGCGAGAAGGAGGACGUGGCCGAGCCGGCCGUGUGCGCCCUGCGUCACCUGACCUCGCGCCACCAGGACGCCGAGCUGGCGCAGAACGCCGUGCGCCUCCACUAUGGCAUCCCCGCCAUCGUCAAGCUGCUCAACAAGCCCUACUACUGGCCUGUCGUCAAGGCUGUGGUGGGUCUGAUCCGUAACCUGGCGCUGUGCCAGGAGAACCAGGUGCCCCUGAGGGAAGCGGGCGCCGUCCCCCGCCUGGUCAACCUGCUCCUGGACUCCCACAAGGACGCCCAGAAGCACGUCUCCUCCAACAAGCAGAACUACCAGGAUGGAGUGAGGAUGGAGGAGAUUGUGGAGGGCUGCACAGGAGCCGUGCACAUCAUGGCCCGAGACCCAGAGAGCAGGGGGCAGAUCGCCAACAUGCAGACCAUCCCACUGUUUGUGCAGAUGCUCUACUCGCCGGUGGAGAACGUGAAGCGCGUGGCGGCGGGGGCGCUGUGCGAGCUGGCGCAGGACAAACCGUCGGCCGAGCUGAUCGACGCCGAGGGCGCCUCCGCGCCUCUGAUGGAGCUGCUGCACUCCAACAACGAGGGCAUCGCCACCUACGCCGCCGCCGUCCUCUUCCGCAUCUCCGACGACAAGAACCCCGAAUACAAGAAGCGCAUGUCCGUGGAGCUCACGCACUCCCUCUACAAGACCGACCCCGCUGCCUGGGAAGUGGCACACAACAUCGUCCCCAUGGAGGCUGGCUACGGAGCGGAAGAGAUGGACCAAGCCUACCACCCGGGCUACCAUGGUGGAUACCCAGGUGACAUGCCCGAUGUCAUGGAUGGGGAGGGCAUGGGCAUGCCUGAGGACUACCAGGGCAGCAUGGGCUACGACAAUAGGCCCCCGUACUCUGACAACUACUAGGAUGCAGACACUAAAGGGAUGACGGUCUGAAAAAGGAGAAGAUAGUUGGGGGGGGGGGGGGGUGGAGAAACGGAUGGAAACGAUCGGUAGAGGGAGAGAUAACAGAAGGGACCUCCCUCCGAUGUAAUAUAUGCAGUUAGCAUUGACCAUGGGACUCAUAAUCUAACAGGGCUUAUGUUUGUUGUUUGAUGAUGAUGAUGAUGAUGAUGAUUAUCGUACUGAUAAUAAUACUGAUGAUGAUGAUGAUGCACAUAGGUUUUAAGUAGAGGAGGCUUUUUUGAGGGUGCGUAUGCUUUCGUGUGGGUAAUCUAUGCCAAAGAGAUUUUUUUUAUUUUGUGAUGAUAAUCAUAUAGCUACCUUUCUUUAUUUUCCCCCCCGCCGCCUUCAUUUUAUAAACGA